UCCUAACACUCUUAAAUAAUUUUAUUGAUCAAUACUUUUCCUUAGCAUAAUAAAAUAUGCUCUACUUUGACAGUUAUCAAAUCUAUAUAAACCACAUGGACAUUUCCAAAGUUCACACUUCACACCUUUCACAAGUACAAAAAGUACUCUUAUGAGGUGCGAGGCCAUGGCUAUUUCCUCCAGAGUAGUGAUCCCUUUGAAAAUCACCCUCAUCAUACUCACCACUACACUAAUCUUUUCCCCUUCAUCAGUACUCUCCUAUGCUUCCACUCCCAAAAAAUUCAAGAAAAUCUAUGCAUUUGGUGACUCCUACACAGACACAGGCAACACACACUCAUCCACUGGUCCUAGCUCUUUCAAUUACGUAUCAAGUCCACCUUAUGGUAACACAUUUUUUCACCAUCCAACUAAUCGAUACUCAGACGGUCGAUUAGUCAUCGAUUUCGUUGCUGAAUCACUGUCUUUGCCCCUCUUGCCUCCUUAUAAAGACUCAAAAGCUGAUAAAACUUAUGGUGUUAAUUUUGCUGUUGCUGGUUCUACUGCUAUAAGGCAUAGAUUUUUCGUGAGAAAUAAUCUUACGUUGAAUGUGACACCUCAGUCCCUUCAAACGCAGUUAGUGUGGUUUAAUAGGUUUUUGGAGAGCCAAGGUUGUGAAAAUUCUGCAACAACGCCGCGCCAGUGUGGCGCGGUGUUUAGUGAUGCGUUGGUUUGGGUUGGACAAAUUGGUGCUAAUGAUUAUGCAUAUAGCUUUGCAUCUACUAUUUCACCUAAUACUAUUCAAAGGCUUGCCACCAGAAGUGUUACUGGUUUUUUGGAGGUAUUAUUGAACAAGGGAGCAAAAUAUGUAGUUGUUCAAGGCCUACCACCAACAGGUUGCUUAACAUUGUCCAUGUAUCUAGCACCUGAGACUGACAGAGAUGGGAUGGGAUGUGUGGGAAGUGUAAACAAGCAAAGCUAUCUCCACAACACCAUCAUCCAAGCCAAAUUGGAUUCAUUCAGAAAGCAAUUCCCACAAGCUGUCAUUGUGUAUGCUGACCAUUGGAAUGCCUACAGCACAAUAGUGAGAGGUGCAAACAAGUAUGGCUUUAAGGAGGUGUUCAAAAGUUGUUGUGGAUCUGGUGGUGGAAAUUUGAACUUUGAUGUGUUCAAUACUUGUGGUUCUCCAAAUGCAAGAUCUUGUCCUGAUCCUUCUCAGUAUAUUAAUUGGGAUGGUGUUCAUCUCACUGAAGCCAUGUAUAAAACUAUGGCUGGUAUGUUUCUUAAUGGGACAUUUUGUAAACCACCUUUUAGUUACUUGCUAGCAAAAAAACAGUAGUUUGGAAACAAGUCAGUCAGUAAUUGUUUUUUUUUUUAAAAAAAAAAUCCUCUUUAGGUGCUCCA